AACAUUCCUUUUCCAAACUCAGCUCUGUGCGGGUGUGCGCUCGGGUUCUGCGCGUGGCCGGACUCCGUCGAGGGGCGCCGAGCUGGGAGCAGAGAGCGCGCGGCAGAGACGCGCAGAGGAGACGCGCGGAGCUGAGGAGAAGCUGAGACUGGAAGGCUUCAUCUCCCCGUCACUUCACGGAGACACCGGGACCCGCCGCACCGUCCGGGUCCCGUCGCACCGUCUGACCCCAGAGCAGGUCCGAUUCCGGGCAUUGGCGCACAAUGGAAAGUUUAACCCAACGUACUUUGAUUGAAAUUCCUCAAUGAAAUUCCUCUUCAUUGAAUUCCUGAAGUAACUCUGGAGAACAAAAUGGAUUUAGAUAUUUUUUUGCCGUCGCGUAAGAAGUCCUUGAAGAAAGUUUAGUAUGCCUCCUUAAUGUAAGGCUCCUUUAGGAUUCCAUUCGACUCUACUCUACAGAUCGCAAUCCCUAGUCCCCAGCCAUGGACUCCCUAUACGACUCCACGGACGUCCCGCUGCUGGACCGCAACUGGACCAACGCCUCGGACACCAACGGCACGGCGGACGGGAACCAGUUCGUCCAGCCGGUGUGGCGGAUCGUCCUCUGGGGUCUGGCUUACUCCUGCAUCGUCCUGGUGUCCGUGGUGGGCAACCUCAUAGUCAUGUGGAUCAUCAUGGCUCACAAGCGCAUGAGGACCGUCACCAACUACUUCCUGCUGAACCUGGCGUUCGCCGAGGCGUCAAUGUCGGCCUUCAACACGGUCAUCAACUUCACGUACGCGGUGCACAACGACUGGUACUACGGGCUGGUCUACUGCCGCUUCCACAACUUCUUCCCCGUGGCCGCCGUGUUCGCCAGCAUCUACUCCAUGACGGCCAUAGCGCUGGACAGGUACAUGGCCAUCAUCCACCCUCUGCAGCAGAGGAUGUCAGCCACAGAGACCAAGGUGGUGGUGGGGGUGAUCUGGGUGCUGGCCCUGUUGCUGGCCUUCCCUCAGUACUACUACUCCAACACCAUCGCCCUCCCCGGACGAGUGGUCUGCUACAUCGACUGGCCCGAGUACAAGCUCUGCGACUUCAAAAAGAUGUACUACGUGUGUGUGGUCAUCCUCAUCUACUUCCUGCCUCUGGUGGUGAUGGGCUGUGCCUACCUGGAGGUGGGUCUGACUCUGUGGGCCAGCGAGAUCCCGGGGGACUCCUCCGACCGCUACAAGGAACAACUCAUCGCCAAGCGCAAGGUGGUCAAGAUGAUGAUCGUGGUGGUGUGCACCUUUGCCAUCUGCUGGCUGCCCUUCCACGUCUUCUUCCUGCUCCACGAGUUCCACCCUGAGAUGUUUGAGCAGCCCUACAUCCAGCAGGUGUACCUGGCCGUGCUGUGGCUGGCCAUGAGCUCCACUAUGUACAACCCCAUCAUCUACUGCUGCCUCAACGACAGGUUCCGCGCGGGCUUCAAGCAGGUCCUGGGCUGCUGCCCGUGCGUCCCGCGGGGGACCUACGAGGGCCUGGAGCUCAAGUCCACCCGCUACCUGCACACGCAGACCAGCGUGUACAAGACCAGCUGCAUGGAGACCAGCGUGUCCACCGUCAUGCACCAGGCCGACGAGGGCGACCCACGCGCCCGGAGGGCCGGCCCCGGCCCCGCCCCCGCCUCCCUGGGCCCGCCGGGGGCCGCCGGCGCCCCCCACGGCGGGGGGGCCGGGGGGAGGGGGAGGGGCGGGGGGCCGCGCCGCUCCUCCCUGGACCUGGCCUCCAACGGGUCCUCGUCCCGCAGCGUCUCCAAGACGGUGUCCGAGACGUCCAGCUUCUACUCCAGCCACAACCUGCAGGAGUAGGGGCGGAGCCUGGCAGGAAGCACAGGUGUGUACAGGCAUGGCUGUCCUGAUGACCUCCACCAGUCGUCGUCCCCCCUCCCCUCCCCCCCUCACUAUCACCCCCCAUCGCGGCCAGCUGACCGGUGACGGCCCCAGACCCCAGAGAACAUCACGACCUGUUGAGUCCAGAGAUAAGCUGCCCAGAAGAAGAGGGAGAUCGAUCCCCCCUCUUCCACUUCAUAUCUCCACCGGGCAGCUGUGUGAGUGUGUGGGUGCGCCUACUGCCACCAUCAAUCACUCCGCGAUGGGCGGGGCUAACCAUGUCCCCAGCCAAUCAGUGACUCCGCUGACCUGCCUGUUUUCACGUCGGAAGCCGAAGAACUGUGUUGUCCCGUCCCGAGGCAGGGGAGAGAGUUCUCUGUUUGAGGCUGAGGUGUAGCGGAGGAUAUCUUGUUCAUACUCCCCCCGAAGUAUAACAAGAAUUGUGAAAAGAAGUUGCCAAAAUUUGAAGUCUUGAAAUUCAGGAGUUACAAUUUUGCUUAGAUUAUUUUUAUUUAAAUGUAUAUAAAAAUAACAAUUAGAGAAAUGAUUUGCCAUUGCAAAUCAAACUUUAUGCUGUAAUUUAAAGGAAGCUUUGAAAACACACCAUACGUUGUUACACACAUCGUAUAGAAAGCAAGGAGCAAGAUGACUUGUCAAACUUAAAUAUUAAAUAUACUAUUCUUAAAAAUAAUAUAUAACUAAAUAUACUAUAUGAAAUAUUGUCAUGGAUUGUGUUUCCUAGACACCAUGCAAUGCGAUUAAUACACAAGGUACGGCGUGAUUUAUGAAUGCUUCAUAACAAUCAUAACGAUCUCCUCUCCGAUGCUAGUCAGCUGCUGGGCUGAGUUCAUUCGUUUCCUCUGCAGGCCCUGCAGUCCAUGGGCUUACUCUGUGGCAAUGGCACUAUAGGGAUUGGAAUUGCUUAGGUGUUGAGACAAGGAAAGAAGAGAGGAGAUGAGGAGAGGAGACGAGGAAAGAAGUGGAGAGAAGGAGAGCAGGCAAGCAGAAAAGAUCAGUGGAAAGACUGAGAGCCAAUGGCUAAAUUGCCAUAAAGUCAAUGGGGAAAAAAGCUGUCAAAGAUUUAUGUUUCUGAAACUUUAUCAACACCCCCUUAAAUCAGUUCCCGACUAUACCACUGCUUUAGGAAGUGAUGUGGUGUGUGUGUGUGUGUGUGUGUGUGUGUGUGUGUGUGUGUGUGUGUGUGUGUGUGUGUGUGUGUGUGUGUGUGUGUGUGUGUGUGUGUGUGUGUGUGUGUGUGUAUUUUGGCCCUGCUGUCAAUAUGAUGCUUGGGAUAAUCUUGGUUUGUUAAGUGUUCUCAACUCGAAUAAUCAUGUACUUCUAUCUCCAGAAAUCUGACAAACAUAUUGCCCAAUUACCAAAAUUAUGGAGAUUUCACUUUUUUGUUCACACAACUCUUUGUACAUUCAGUGUUACCUUGUUGGACUACUGUAAUAUGAGUUUAUGUAAUAUUUAUGUAAACAAGCUCUCUCUCUCUCUCUCUCUCUCUCUCUCUCUCUCUCUCUCUCU